AUGGCAUCGUGCAAUGUUGAAGCUCGGGAGAAGAGCGUACUCACAUUGAUAUAUCCCAGAAGACCUUCGCAGAGGCUGGUGCUGCUGGGCCUUAAGAAGCGGGGCUUUGGGCAAGGCAAGCUAAAUGGCUUUGGGGGCAAGCUGGAGGCUGGGGAAAGCCUUGAAGCAAGUGCCAUCAGGGAGCUGCAAGAAGAAUGCGGGCUGAUGGCAGAUCAGAGCAGCCUUCACUGGCGGGGAUGCUUGACGUACAUCUAUGAUACGAAGCCCAAGGCUAUGGAAGUAAAUGUCUUUGACUUGGACUUGUGGAAAGGUGAGCCAGAGGAGACGGAGGAGAUGAAGCCUGCAUGGUACGCACAUCAGGAAAUACCGCUUGAUAACAUGUGGGCUGAUGAUGCCUAUUGGCUUCUGCAGUACUUGGAUGGGCAAAUGGCCACACCAUUUCUUGGCCGAUUCCGUUUCAAAGGCCACGAGGGCCCCGACAGCUGGAAUGUGUUGGAGCACUUCGUGGCGCCUCUGGCGCCAGCUUCAGUUCCAAGAUUCGGCCAGGGUGAGGCUGGAGCAGCUCUCCUUGUCUCAACAGUGAGCUUCAUUGACGCCCCUAGCGCUCGUCCACUGGAGUCCUUCAUCCGCUACCACUUGCGGAAAGGUUUUGCCCGGGUCAUGAUCUUUGUGGACAGCCCAGCUGACACAGCAGUCCUCGAUGUGAUCCGGCGUUUCCCAGCCUCGCGUGUUUUGCAUCAUGUGCGUGGGGAAGAGCUGCUGCAAGCUCAGCGAGAGAAUUGCGCGUCAUUCAACAAGCUCGCCAGCUUCGUGGACAAGGAAGUGUCCGCACGCCAACUUCUGGACUUUGAAUUUGCUUCCACAUUGGCUCCAAGUUUGGGUUGCCGCUGGAUUCUGUGUUUAGAUUCUGAUGAGCUUUUUUACACCGACGAAGAUUCCAUAGUUCCUCACUUUGAAGCCUUGGAGUUGAAUGGCAUCGACCAGAUGUCGUAUUUGAAUCACGAGGCUGUGCCAGAGAAGCCGGAGACGCCUGAUUAUUUUGCAACGGUAUCUUUGUUCAAGCAGCACCAGUUCUCUGUGCCCCUUACAGCCAAAGCUCGAAGUGGUCUCAGGUUUUGGAUGGAGCGCUCCAGGCAUGGGCAGUACUUCCUCUUUUAUGACAAUGGCAAGAGCGCAUGCAGAACAGGAUUAGGAGUUACAAUACCAAAAAAUCAGCACCUCUGGCAACUGCCAAUCGGCUCAAAGUCGUGUACAGCUCUGGCAGAUCCCCGUCGCAUGGAUGUGGAAGGUUUCAGGGAAUGCAAGUACCCUUGUAUCCUCCACUUUCCUGUUUGUGGGAUUGAGUGGCUCAAAGCCAAGUACAGAACUUUGGGCAAUUUUCCUGACAAAUGGUUGGGAAACAUGCCGCUAAACGAAUCCUUUCACAAGGAUGCCAGGGAAGAGCACAAGUCCGGCGGCGAUGCCUUGCAGACUUUGUUUACAGAACAGGUCAUGCUGGACUCGAGCCAAGCGGAUGUACAAGUCGCUUGUGGUACCUGCGUAAGACUCACAGGCCACUUGACCGUUCUGGAUUCUAUUCCGACUGGCAAGGCCUUGCCCAAAGCAGGUGAACAGAAGUCUUCAGUGACUUAUGCCGUAGCCGAAGGCGAAACAAUGAAGGGAGUUGAGCGAGGGCGGAUGUCCAGCCAUCUAUCUGCAGAGCCAUUGGAGCCAUUGAUCUUGGACCUGGUGAAGCAGAAUGCCACUCCAGAGCUAAAAUCAAUCGCUGAGGAGAUGCUCAAGAUGGUUGACAAGGAGAUGAAAGAUGAGGUGAGGAAGAGCUUUCAGGCGGCCCAGAGCCAGAUCGAUACCUUUGUCAAAGCCUUCGAUGCCUGCAGCGAUGAUGCUACGGUGGCAGGAGCCAGUCACCUAAAGACUUUCGACGCGGAGAAGGUCCUCCAUGCAUCUUGCCGUCAGGAGGAGGCUACCGCCUACACCAUCAAUGAGGCCUGCAAAAAGGAGUUGUCAACUGCUGGCAAUGAGCAGAAAACGGAAUGCGAUGCUGUGACGUCUUUGGAACGUCAGUCUAGUAGUUUGCCCACGUCGUGCGCGGUCAGUGGCGAUGAGGGCUAUGAAGGACAACUGAAGCGAAUGCAGAGUCUCAUUCAGACUAGCCUUACGACAUACACGAACCAGAAGGCGAGGUGCACCAAUGCAACCGCGGCAACAACGGCGAAGAAGUCCGACUGUGACCCCAAGGCUACCGCUUAUACGGACAAGAGGGAGGAAUGCAACAGAGUCCAGGACACCAUGGACAGCGCAUCGUGCUCCUAUUACACGUCCAUGGAAAGUGCCUGCAGCACUUGUUACAAAACCGCAGAGACCAACUACGAGAAUGGCAAGCCUUUGCUGAAGACACAGCAAGCAGGCUUUGAGCAGGAGUGGAAUGCCAUCAUGAAGAUCCAGUGCCUUCUGAAGACGUUUGCAAUGCAGGACUCGAAGAAGGGGGGCCAGAUAAAGGAAUGCAGUAACACGGAGUAUGAUGGCGACGGGGAGCUCCAGCUGGUCUUUCCUGCCACUCCAGCCCAGGAUUGCAAGUUGCCAACGGACACUGCCGUCAGCCAGAGCUACAGAAGCCUGUACGCGGUCCUCCCCGACACAGCUCCUGCAAAGACCUGCUCAGCCGACUGCUGCUGGGUCUCGACGACGACCACAACCAGCACCACAACCACAACAACCACCACCCAGCCGGCCAGCUGGGUGAAGUGCGCGCGAAUACCCGCUUCUUGGGGGACGGUAAAUCUCAAGAACUGCCCCCAGGGCAAGGGCUACAAGUGGCGACUUAUGAAGAUGAACGGCAGCGUCUGUGCGGAGGCUACAAACUGGGAGUAUCCAAACGACAAUGCAGACAAAUCUCUUGGUUAUUAUUUGGACACCUUCACCAAUGGAGGUUGGAUUUCGCCAAACACGCACGGGACGCAGGGUUGUGGCAUCCAUUCCAGCGCUGCAUGGAAAGGUUCAACGACGUAUCAAGGCUACAACAAUGACGGCUCAGACCUCGACCUUUACUACAUGAAUAGGUGA